ACUUUGUUUUCUUGUAGUGUUCAUAGUUGGGAUCAUGUAACUCAAGGUCUCAUAGAACUUGGUUUCAUCUUAAUGGAUUCAUAUGGGCCCAAGAAGGUUCUUGAUGGAAAAGCUGUUGAAAUUGGCUCCAGUCUUUCUAAAAUGACAAACCAGCAUGCAUGUAAGCUGGGGGCUAAUAUCUUGCUGGAAACCUUUAAGAUCCAUGAGAUGAUCAGACAGGAAAUUCUGGAGCAAGUCCUCAAUAGAGUCAUUACUCGGACAUCCUCUCCCAUCAAUCAUUUCUUAGACUUGCUUUCAGAUAUCAUCAUGUUCGCACCUUUAAUUCUUCAGAGCUGCUCUAAAGUCACGGAGACGUUUGACUAUUUGUCCUUCCUGCCUCUUCAGACGGUGCAGGGGCUGCUCAGGGCAGUGCAGCCGCUUCUCAAAGUCAGCAUGUCCAUGAGAGACUCCCUGAUCCUUGUCUUGCGGAAAGCUAUGUUCGCCAGCCAGCUGGAUGCCCGGAAGUCCGCAGUUGCUGGGUUUCUGCUGCUCUUGAAGAACUUUAGGGUCUUAGGCAGCUUGUCGUCUUCCCAGUGCAGCCAGUCUAUCGGUGUCACUCAGGUGCACGUGGAUGUUCACAGCCGCUACAAUUCUGUUGCCAAUGAAACGUUUUGCCUUGAGAUCAUAGACAGUUUGAGAAGAUGCUUAGGACAGCAGGCUGAUGUUCGACUCAUGCUUUAUGAGGGUUUCUAUGAUGUUCUUCGACGGAACUCUCAGCUGGCUAAUUCAAUCAUGCAGACUCUCUUCUCACAGUUAAAGCUGUCCUAUGAGCCGGAACCUGACCUGCUACCGCCUCUGAAACUAGGAGCUUGCAUUCUGACCCAGGGAAGUCAGAUCUUUCUACAAGAACCGCUGGAUCAUCUGCUGUCUUGCAUUCAGCAUUGCUUGGCCUGGUAUAAGAGCAAAGUGAUUCCCCUGCAGCAGGGAGAGGAAAGAGAAGAGGAAGAGGAGGGAUUGUACCAUGAGCUGGAUGAUAUGUUGGAGUCUAUUACUAUCAGAAUGAUUAAGAGUGAGCUAGAAGACUUUGAGCUGGAUAAAUCAGCAGAUUUUUCUCAGAGCUCUAGUGUCGGCAUCAAGAAUAAUAUCUGUGCAUGUCUCAUAAUGGGAGUGUGUGAAGUUCUAAUAGAAUAUAAUUUCUCCAUAAGUAAUUUCAGCAAGAGUAAGUUUGAGGAGAUUCUGAGCCUGUUUACGUGUUACAAGAGAUUCUCCGACAUCCUUAACGAAAAGGCUGGUAAAGGCAAAACUAAAAUGACCAGUAAGACACAUGACAGCCUUUUGUCCAUGAAAUUCGUGUCUGAUCUUCUCAGUGCUCUCUUCAGAGAUAGCGUUCAGAGCCAUGAAGAGAGCCUGUCUGUCCUGCGGUCCAGCAGCGAGUUUAUGCACUAUGCGGUGAAUGUAGCUCUGCAGAAGGUGCAGCAGCUAAUAAGAAGAGGGCACGUGAGUGGUCCUGACGGCCAAAACCCAGACAAGGUCUUUCAGAACCUCUGUGACAUAACUCGGGUCUUGCUGUGGAGGUACAUGUCCAUCCCUAUCUCAGUGGAAGAGUCGGGAAAGAAAGAGAAAGGGAAGAGCCUCUCACUGCUGUGCUUGGAGGGUUUGCAGAAGACCUUCAGCGCCGUGCAGCAGUUCUAUCAACACAAGAUCCAGCAGUUUCUCAGGGCUCUGGAUGUCACAGGCACAGAAGAAGAGGAAGAAGAAGCAGGUAUCACUGUCACUCAAAGAGCUGCAUUCCAGAUCCGGCAGUUUCAGAGGUCCUUGUUGAACUUGCUUAGCGGCGAAGAGGAAGAUUUUAACAGUCGAGAGGCCUUGCUGCUCGUCACGAUUCUCUCCGCCUUGUCCAGGAUGCUGGAGCCCACCUCUCCUCAGUUCACGCAGAUGUUAUCCUGGACGGCUAAGAUUUGCAAGGAACACAGCCAGGAGGAUGCCUCCUUUUGCAAGAGUCUGAUGAACCUGUUCUUCAGCCUGCACGUCUUGUAUAAGAGUCCUGUCACCCUGCUUCGUGACUUGUCCCAGGAUAUCCAUGGGCAGCUGGGAGACAUAGACCAGGACGUAGAGAUAGAGAAAACAAACCACUUUGCGAUGGUGAAUGUGAGAACAGCUGCCCCCACUGUCUGUUUACUUGUUCUGAGUCAGGCUGAGAAAGUCCUGGAAGAAGUGGACUGGUUGAUCACCAAGAUUAAGGGUUCCGUGAACCAAGAAACUGUAUCAGACGCAAUGACUGCAGAUGGGGAUCGUAAUGCUGGCCAAGUCCACCCAAAUGCCUCCUCUCAAGCCCUUCCACCGAACCUUCUCAUUGAGAAAGCCAUCAUCAUGCAGCUGGGGACACUGGUUACCGUCUUCCAUGAACUCGUACAGACAGCCCUGCCCUCAGGCAGCUGCGUGGACACGUUAUUAAAGGACCUGUCCAAAAUAUACAGCACCCUAACAGCGUUUGUCAAAUAUUAUCUCCAGGUGUGUCAGAGCUCCAGAGGAAUCCCAAACACUGUGGAAAAGUUGGUGAAGCUGACCGGCUCUCAUCUGACCCCCGUGUGUUACUCCUUCAUUUCUUACGUACAAAAUAAGAGGAGUAGCACCCCAAAGUGCACCGAGAAGGAGAAGGCCGCAGUGGGCACCAUCAUGGCCAAAGUUCUUCGUGAAACCAAGCCAAUCCCUAACCUCGUCUUCGCCAUUGAACAGUAUGAAAAGUUCCUAAUCCAGCUAUCCAAGAAGUCCAAGGUAAACCUGAUGCAGCACAUGAAGCUAAGUACUUCCCGGGACUUCAAGAUCAAAGGCAACAUCCUAGACAUGGUUCUUCGAGAGGACGGGGAAGAAGACGAAGAGGGCACCGCACCAGCACACACGGAGCAGGACAGAGAACCAGCCAAGAAGAAAAGGAAGAUAUGCCUGAGUUAAUGUGACCUUUGGGGGAUCGGCUUCACUUGUGCCCACAGAACCCCUUGUCAUACAGCCUGCACCGACGUUGGCGUCCUGGUCUGAACCCACUGGACUGUGCCUUCAGUUAGAAGGAGUCUUCCUUCGGGGCAGGUCCUGCUACAGAAAAAUGGCUGCCUGGGCACGCCCUUUCCAAAGCACAGCUGAAAGCCUGAGUUAGGAGCCUGCACCGCUCGGACGAAGCUCCACGGGAGCAAAUACAGAGCCUGCAGAUGGAGCUAGGGCCCAGGCUGGCUUCGUUUCUCUAAGGAGCCUUUGGUGAGUUCAAUGAUCUGGUAAAUGUCCAGCGCUUCACCUGCAAGACAGUGGAACUGGUUAGGAUGCCUCCAGAACUGUGACUGUGACUGAGCUCUGAAAUGAGAAGAUGAAUGUUGGGGUCAAAAAGACAGGGGGUGGGACCAUCAAGAGUGACUGCCACCAAAGGCAGUUUGUCCUAAGUUUUCUGACUCACUCUGGCAUUUUCAGCACACAUAUUUUUUCUAUCUCAGAAUGCACUUUGACUUAUAUAAUAAAUCUUUAAAAUUUC